CAGCGAAGGGCCCCUUAGAGGCAGCAUCAGUAUCGCUUUUCCAGCCUCCUCAGGGUUGGACUGACAUUGCCAUCGGAGCCCGCAGAGCCAGAGCUGCCCCUGGGCAGAGCCAGAGAUGGGAGGGGUCUGCAGGGCAGAGCUGAGCCCCCAGGGUUGGGCUGGGCUCUGGCAGCACUGGCAGGGCCCAGCCCUGGGAACAGGGAAGCAGCUGCUGGCAGGGACAGCUCCAGGCAGCAGAGCCCAGGGCAGGCAGUGGGGGGAAAAUGCCCCCAGGCCGGGCUGGGAUAUUUAAAGUUCUCUCCAAAGUCAACUAUUCCAUGAUUAAUUUGAAUACAGAUCCCAAUGCCAAGGCACAGCAAAUGUCCAACAGCAGCUCCAUCAGCCACUUCCUCCUGCUGGCACUGGCAGAGACGCGGCAGCUGCAGCUCCUGCACUUCUGCCUCUUGCUGGGCAUCUCCCUGGCUGCCCUCCUGGGCAACGGCCUCAUCAUCAGCGCCGGAGCCUGCGGCCACCACCUGCACACGCCCAUGUUCUUCUUCCUGCUCAACCUGGCCCUCAGCCACCUGGGCUCCAUCUGCACCACUGUCCCCAAAGCCAUGCACAAUUCCCUCUGGGACACCAGCACCAUCUCCUACACAGCAUGUGCUGCUCAGAUCUUCAGGGCCGUGCUGAGGAUCCCCUCUGAGCAGGGAUGGCACAAAGCCUUUUCCACCUGCCUCCCUCAUCUGGCUGUGGUCUCCCUGUUCCUCAGCACUAUCAUGUUUGCUCACCUGAAGCCACCCUCGAUGUCCUCCCCAUCCCUGGAUCUGGCCCUGUCAGUUCUGUACUCGGUGGUGCCUCCAGCCCUGAACCCCCUCAUCUACAGCCUGAGGAACCAGGAGCUCAAGGCUGCAGUGAGGAGACUGAUGACUGCAUAG